CAGGCGCUGGUGGAGCUGCCCGGGAAUUUGAGCGUUACAGCGGUGGAUGUGGCAGCGCAUGAGGAGGUGGCUGGGCUUGCAGAGGGGCGCGGGGAACUCACUGGGCUUGCCCUGUGGCUCAUGGCGGAGCGGCAAAAGGGCGAGGAGUCGCGGUGGGCGCCUUUUCUGGAAUGUCUGCCAGAGGCGACGCUGAGCCCAGUGCUGUGGCCAGAGGAGGUGCAGGACGAGCUGCUGAAGAACUCUCCCACGCUGAAGGAGUGCCGCGCGCGAAGAGCGGCCCUGCAGCAGGAGUGGGAUGUGAUCGCGCAGAGAAUUGCGACCGGCGAUGCCCGCCGCUUCAGCGGAGGUGACGAGCUGAAACUCUGGAUUACAUUAGGGUCCCCUGGGUGGGGAGGUACAAGUGACAAAUUAUUAAUGGCCAUUUAUGACGGCAGGCCCAACGGGGAGCUGGCAAUGGCGACUGGGCGGGUGGAGGAUGACAACGCCUCUGACUGCCUGACAGUUCGAGUGGGCCUGGUUCAGGCGGACCGCCUGUUCUCCGUCAAGAAGCAGAUCCUGGAAUCCCUCGGCUUCGACAUCGUGCAGGAGUUUCCGAUUUUCAGGGACCGCAUGCCCACCCAGCUGCUGGCGUACCUCCGCCUCGCUCGACUCACAGACCCCGCCCUGCUCGCCAAGGUGAGCUUUGAGGAAGACAUCAUUUUGAACCCGGUCAAUGAGUAUGAGGUGCUGCAGCUGCUGCUGGGCGAGUGCAGAGACCGGCUCACCUCCUACGCAGGCAUGCACAUGGGCUCGGCGGAGGAGGACGUGAAGCUGCUGCAGCGGCCGGGGCUGACGGCGCAGGAGCGGCUGGCCGCGCGGCUGCGAAAGGCCGAGAAGGCAAUCCUGCAGGGCACCCUCGACGCCGUGCGCAGGCGGUUGGCGCCGAUCCGGGGCAUCCCCACAAAGGGCGGGGGCCUGACAGACCCCAACGCAGACCUGAGGGAGGUGUUUGACACGAUAGAGUCGCUGCCAAGCCUCCCAGGGAAGCUGGUGGGGGGACUCAUGAGCUGGGCGAGGGGAGAGCAAGAUCCUGACUGGAAAAAACGACCC